AUGACCUUCUCCAAGAACCUCCUCCUCGCCACCGCUGCCAUGGCCAUGGGCUCGGCCGUCUCUGCCCAGAGCAGCCCCGCCUCGUACGACCAGGUCGCUCAGAUCCAGCUCACCUUCCCCGCAGCCGAUCUCAGCCCCGUCCCCGUCCCCACCUCGUGGCUCGACAUCCAGGGAGUCCUCAACGUCACCUUCGGCAACACGCGCGUCUCCAACAUCGGCGACAUGCUCACCGUCGCUCAGGUCCAGACCGCUCCCACCUUCACCAUCAGCUCCCAGACCUCUGCUGCCUCCUCCGCCGGCACGUUCGGCAACAACAAGAAGUUCACCGUCGCCUUCCUCGACGCCGGCGUCGCAGGCAAGAACGUCUCCACCGAGGUGUUCUGCCACUACCUCGGCAACAACUUCACGUGGGAUUCGAGCAGCGGACAGCUUCGCAACUCGAGCGCUGCUCGCGUCGCUUACGGUGCCCCUCUGCCAGCCACGAACGACGGUCCUCACAGGUACAUGCAGCUGGUGUUCCAGCAGUUUGACAACUUUACCGCUCCCGCUAGCCCUGCUGCCAACGCCCCGAUCCAGAGGCUUCAGCUGCAGGACUACUACAAGAACGCAAACGGUGGUCUGGGCAAGAUCGUCGCUGCCAACUACAUCCAGAUUGAGGUCGGUCAGGCCACCGCUCCCAGCUCCACCUCGGCUGUCAGCCAGGCUAGCGUCACCGCGUUGGCUGCGAGCAAGAGCAGCGCGGCUGGCUCCAUGACCGCUUCGUCGUCGGCUGCCGGCUCGACGGGUUCGGGUAGUGCCGGUCACAGCGCUGCUGCCAGCACCGUGUUCGGCGGUGUCUCGAUCGCUGGUAUCCUCGCUGUGGGUUCGGCUGUCGUUGUCGGCGCUGCCAUGCUUUGA